AUGCUCACGUCGAGAGCUCUCAUUAUUGCUGCUGCGGUCUUGGAUGGCAGCUUGCUUGUCGCUGCCAACGACUAUGUGGUCAGAACAUACACCACGGAGGAGCCGUCGGUGGUAGAGUAUACCACCGCGUACGAGACCCCAUGCACCACGGAGCUCGAAUACCCUGACCCACCUAAAUAUGAGACGGAAACUGUCACCGAGACCUACACCGAGCCUGGCAAAACGAUCAAGAAAUACAAAACGGUGACCAAAACGAAGACUCUGCCAGCCAAGACGCGUACAGAAACCUCGACUUACAUCACUACAACGACCGAGGUGUACAAGAAGACUAUUUACAAGCCUGUGACAUACACAGCAACGGCGACAGUUACGAACAACGUCACGGAUACUAUCAUUAGUCGUACCACGGAUAUUGUCAUCAGUCGUACCACCGACUUCGACACCGUUAUUUCGACAAGCACCAUAGUCUCCGAGGUCACAACUACGGUUAAUGGAACGCCAAUCGUCGUCCCCACAACCAUCUUCAUCACUCAGGAUGCUCCUCCCGCGUCCACGAUAGUCUCCGAGGUCACAUUGCCUGCUCCUCCGCCUCAGAUAAUCACGGAAGAGAGCACGGUCACUUUACCAGCAAGCACGAUCACGACAACAAUCGUCCAGAGCGGCACAACAAUCACGUCGGAGAUCAUACUACCACCAAGCAUCAUUGUGCAGACCGUGACACAGAUCCCCGACCCAGUCACUGUCAGUCAGGGACCGCCUCCACCGCAGACCAUCAUCGAGCCCGCACAGACGGUGACAAUUACGGUCCCAGGUCCACAACAGCUGAUUACUGUCGCUCCGCCUGCUCCCUUAUGCUCGGCGACUGGUGUUGUGCCUGUCUCGGACACAGCUGGAUGUGAAGGACGUAACUGUCAGAUCGAGUUUGGUGAAGAGGCAGCCGUCUGGUGGUCAGAUUACCCCAGCGAACAAGCGCCGCCAUUGCUUACUGCGAUCACAUUCAUCAACACCGCGAGACGACAGACAUGCAUCACAACAUCAUGUAAUACGGAACUCUUCACUCUGUCAUAUUCCAGCAGUCGGGCAGCAUGUGUUCGGCCACCUUGUCCGUCCAACUCGAUCAACCACGAAUGUCAAAUUGUAGUUGGUCCCCUCGUCCUACCAGACAACUCCACCACCUCUGUGACUCAGGUCGGCCAAUCUGGCUGGAACUUGAGGUUGGGACCAACAGCCACAGCCAACGACGUCGGCUUGUGCGGCGGCGGAGUACCGCAGUGUGUCACCGCCACAUCGCGCUCUCUCGAAACACCUUUGAUCUACAUCGGAGAUGUGAUACCUGUCAAUAACACUGGGGCUACACCGACAAACUACAUUUUGCCGCAAAUCGGAGAGUACUUCCCACCAGGAGAUCCUUUCGGUGCAUGCGAGACCGCGACACUCAAUUCGCUUGGCGGCUUUGGCGUCCCAACUAGACUUCGUGCACGACAAGCGGCCAUUGACCCAAAGGUCUCGGCUUGGAAAGGAGUACCUGAUCUUGUUGUCCGUGAAGUCCAAUAUGCCGAGCCUGAAGCCGCGGAAACUGGUUCUCCAACGUCGCCGGCUGAAACCUCUGCUACUGCCACGCCACCAACUGUCGUCGUGCCAGAUUCGUCACCAUCGCCUGUCCCUCCGCCGAGCAAUGCUGUGCCUUCGCCAACAGAUACUUCGGCUGAACCGCCCACACCUUCAGCAGACAUCUCUGACUAUAUCUCUCCGACUUCCGCGAGUCCUCCAACCCAGAACACCGAUGUCGUUGAUUCCACUUCCUCAGAUGAUGGGCCUGACGCCACUGUCCCAGGCACCGUGACCGAAAACAUCUCCGGCACAAUGGUCGUCACCAACACAGUCUACUACAGCAUGAUCGCUCCACCAAAUCAACAACGUAUUCUCGAAGGGAUCUCGUCCUUGCAAACAGAAGAUAUCGCCGCGCUACCAUCGGAGUCACUGGCUGCGGUCCUCUCCAGCCUCGUAAGCCUGGGAGGCGAAGAAGCUACUGUUACGCCUGAGCCAGCGCGCAGGCCUAGCGGCGGAAGUAGUGGCAGCGAUAGUGACGACAGCAGUGGUGGCAGCAGCAGCAGUGGCAGCAACAGUGGUAAUGGAAUCACGACUCAGACUGGAGCAGGUGAAGGAUUGGCGCAGUGGAGGACAUCGGCAUUUGGCUGGUGGCUUGUGGUUGUUGCUCUGAUUUUUGUGAUGGCAUAA